UUGGUGCUCCCUGAGCCGUGGCCCUGAAGGGAGAGUGUUGCUAUAUCCCAUUUAGAACAGUGCUCAACAGUCUCAUUCUCGGCAGUUGCGAGGUUUCGCACUGACUGCUACCCACUGCAAAAACAACAAUCUCUCACCAAGGCCAAGAGCAACACUUAUGUAGGGUGUAAAUACAAGUUUCUAGAAGGCAGUUUGAAAACACACCUUUAAUCUCAGCACUCAGGCAGAGGCAGGUGGACUGCUAUGAAUUUGAGUCCAGCCUGGGCUACAAAUUGGGUCCAGGAUAGCCAAGGCUACAGAGAAACCCUGUCUCAAAAAAUAAAAACUAACAAAAAACAAAACAAAACAAACAAACAAAAACCAAAUCCAUUCAGCAAAACAGAAGUAAAAGGAGUUCCUCCUUAGGUCCUGUGUUCUGUGCAGCCAUGGGCGUUGAACAGAUUUAUAGUGCCAGGAAAGAAUUCCCUCCUGUCGAGGAAGUCUCAAAGCCAAAUGUGAAGUGGUUAGUUACCUCCACAAUGGUUAUGCCACAAUCGCACCCGAGGGCACAUCUUUCUUGUAGGUUGGUAUUGUAGCAUGCAGGUCAAUUCUCAUUUUUAAAAUACCCUUAAAAUUUGUGUGUGUGUCCACUGAAAAUUUCAAUACUUUUUCUAAACCAAACAGAAAACCUUUAAGAUAGUCUAAGCAAAAGAAUGAAGACAAGCAUUGUAGGAAUGGAGAGGCGUUGGAAGCCAAUUUAAGAAAAAUUUCUGAGACAAACAGGGAAGAAGUUAAUGACCAUAUGCAUGAAGCUGGAAAAGUGGGUUUACGAGUAAUGAUAAAACCGAGUUCUGUAGUAGCUUGGGAAUCUAAGUGGGAGGAGUGAGACAGAAAUAUAAGUACAAAAGAAUUUCAGAUACAUUUGAAUCUGCUAACAUUUGAGGCCAUGGUCCCUGUGGUCAAAGAACCAAAGCUGAGGUCAAAGUCGUCCUUUCUCAAGCUGGCAUCGCCAUCUGGUAAACACAAACUCAAGUCCAGCGUCAGUCAUAACAACGGAAUUGUUUGCAGAUUAAAGUAAGAGUGGGAAAAAGCUUGCGACUCAUUUCGACCCAGACUUCUUUCUUGAGCUACUGUUUCACUAUUAGGAAGGCGGGUGGUUUGUUAUAGAUGAGCGCACGUUGGGAUCCUGAAUGUUGUGUAAAUUAACUAGAUACUUCGUGUGUGAGUUCACAAGUGAGGUCCACAACUAUCUGUGGAGUGAGAGGCUGACGUUGAAUACGCUCCUGUGUCCAAGGCGCAAAGACAAAGGUUUUGGAAACCAUGUAAGGACAAGACUUUCGGGUUUCCUGGUGGCCCUGCGGAAAUCUCCAUCUUGCAGUUCCGGGACGGUGUUUUUCUUUAUGUUUUGCCGCUUCUUCCCUUUGGUUCCUCCUGUGCCUGAAUGGUGACUCCUACGUCUGCCCAGCGUCGCCCAACCGCGAAACACGGCGGCUCGGCUAACCCUGACCACAGCAACUUCCGGCGUGAAGCAUCCUCGCGGACGGCGACAGGCCCCGUUAGCGGACCGUGCUCCGCGCAGGCGCUCUGCGACCCGGCCGGCCGGCCCCCGGCCCCGGGCCCCGCACCUGCGCAGUGCGAAGGCUCCGUGCCGGGGUCAGGCUCGCCCGGGCCGAGAGGGCGGGUCUGGGCUCCGGCCCGCACGCCUGGGGCUCCGGCGCGCCGAGCUCGUCGGGUGGAGACCGCGGAGCCGCCGCGCUGGAGUUGGAGCUGGAGUUCCGUGGGGCCGGAGGGCAGCGGGCUCCUCCCGGCCGCCCCGGGGUCGGAGAACGAGUCCGAAGCCGCGGCGUCCCGGCGGGGAAGCCGAGGCCAGACCGCGCUGCGCUGGUUCACCACCGUGGUGCUGUGCGCCGCCUUCCUGGGGCUGGGACUGAGUGUUGCCAUACUGGGACCCACCUUUCCAGACUUGGCAAGGAACGUGAACCGAAACAUCAGCAGCCUGUCUCUGAUUUUUGUGGGCCGCGCCUCAGGGUACUUAUGUGGCUCUAUGAUCGGAGGAGUUCUUUUUGGCUGUAUAAAUCACUUUUUACUUUUGGGGGUGUCACUCUCUGCUACCACAGCUGGUCUUUAUCUUAUGCCCUUCUGCAGGACGGCAGCCUUACUGAUUGUCAUGAUGUCGGUCUUUGGUGUUUCGAUGGGCAUUCUGGAUACAGGUGGAAACGUCCUCAUCCUGGAUCUUUGGGGGGACAAAGGAGCCCCCCAUAUGCAGGCCUUGCACUUCAGUUUCGCCUUGGGUGCCUUUCUGGCGCCCCUGCUGGCUAAACUGGCCUGGGGUACAGCAGCAUCUGCUCAGAACCACACCGAGUCCGACUCUGACCCUCUAAUGCUGAACCAAUCCUCCGAAGCAGCCUCAGACUCUGUGUUUGCGCCACCCGAUGACCUGACUCUCCUGUGGACAUAUGCUUCCAUCGGCACCUAUAUUUUAGUUGUUUCUGUCUUUCUCUUUGGUCUGUUUUGUAAGAAACACUCAAAGCAAGAGAAAGCCACAGCAUCUGCUCAGGUAGCUCGAAGGGCUAAAUAUCACUGGGCCCUGCUCUGCCUCCUCUUCCUCUUCUUCUUCUUUUACGUGGGAGCUGAGGUGACCUACGGCUCUUAUGUAUUCUCCUUCGCCACCACCCACGUUGGCAUGGAAGAAAGCGAGGCAGCUGGCUUGAACUCCAUCUUCUGGGGCACCUUUGCAGCCUGCAGAGGCCUGGCCAUCUUCUUUGCAACACUCUUACAGCCUGGAACCAUGAUCGUGCUGAGCAACAUUGGCAGCCUGACUUCAUCUUUAUUUCUGGUACUCUUUGGCAAGAGCCCUCUCUGUUUCUGGAUUGCAACAUCUGUGUAUGGAGCCUCAAUGGCAGCCACGUUUCCCAGCGGCGUUUCCUGGAUCGAGCAGUACACUAGCAUAAGUGGGAAAUCUGCAGCAUUCUUUGUCAUUGGUGCUGCCCUGGGAGAAAUGGCCAUUCCUGCAGUGAUUGGGAUUCUCCAGGGACACUACCCAGAUCUGCCUGUAGUCCUGUACACGGGUCUGGGGUCAGCCAUCUUCACUGCUGUUUUGUUUCCUGUGAUGUAUAAAUUAGCCACCUUACCCCUGGAACGCCAGCGCAAAGGAAGAAGAAAGAGCGAAGACCAGAAAGCUUUGCUUUCCAGCGCUGAGCUAAAUGACUGUGAAGAAGAGAAUGAGGAGGAAGAUGCUGAAAAAUGGAACGAAAUGGAUUUUGAGGUGGUUGAGAUGAGUGAUCCAGUGCAGGAGUCUGUGAGGGAGACACCUAGAGGUGUGGCGGGACCCACCACGGAGGUCUCCCAUCAGUUCCUCUCAGAUGCCCUGGGUUUUGAGUCCUCCUCAGCUGGUCGCAGCAAGUCCCCUGUAAAUCACCAGGACAAAAGGGACUGACACCCAGAGGGGACUGAAUGGCUUCAUUGAGUAACCACCACUCCGACACUGUUCCGAGCAGAGCUUUGGCAGUUGAAACUUGCGUGGUUCACAGGAAGUCUUUGUUGUUUGAGGUAGUCUAGAACUCUGAGGGUCUUCUGGGAAGUACCGUCCGUUUUUGCACAGUAGGCUCUGGUUAGGAGACUGUUUUGUGUUUUCUACCUCCCAGAAUGCAUGUCUUUGUAGAGCCGGCUAGUGUGCCAGUAGGCCAACACUACAGAAAAAUGAAGCCAGUUUGCUAAGCAAGUGAUCGCACAUCCGUACUCUGCCAGAGGCUCGUGGGGAGCAGCUGUGUGAAAGAGCACCUUUGGAAAUGGAAAGAUGGUUUUCUAAAUUUUGCCCUCUGCGCAGGGUUGACCUCAAUACCGCUGGCUACUUUUCAUUCCCGUGAGAACACAUGUAGGCUGUGAUUUCUAGAUCAAGGUCUUGCUUCCUCCCUGACUUCAUGUUAAGCUUUGAUGCAAGUCUGGCCUACUUGGUCUCCUGUGGUUCUACAAACGCAAAUGAGAUUAUUUUCAGCUUCCAGGGUUAGGGUUUGUUUUGUUUCUUGAGGCUUACUUUAUAGUCCAGGCUGGCCUGGAAUUUUACUCCCUAGCCCAGGGUGGCCUCUAACUCAAAUCCCGUUUCUGCCUCCUGAGGUUUUUAUUGUGCUAGAGGCUUGUGCCACCAUGCAUGGUGGAGCGUGUUUAGUUUUAACGGAUAAUAGUUUUGCUAAGAUUGUCCACUCAUUUCAAAUGUAAGGUAAGCCAGAAAUGACGGGGAGGCUGCAACUCGCGGAGUCCUGAAGUGUGGUGGGCCUGGUGUUUGGUAUCGCUGUGGCAUUCACUGUUCUCCAUCACACCCCUUUCCCAUAUACUCAAGGGUGGUCAUUUUGGAUUCUCGUAAGCUUUAAUGCUUCCCACACAUUAAAAAAAAAAAACAAAAAACAAAACAAAAAAACAAACAAAAAAACACAUUUGCUCAAUCACUGUAUCUUGUUCUGUGUAGUACAGCAUAUUUCAGAGAUUAUCAUACUUCUACUGACACUUUAAGAAGAGGUUAUUUUUAUAUGGUUAUCUGUGUUGUGUCAGAGAGGAUCUGAGGACCCUUUGAUUUUAUAUUAUUAUUUUCUUAGCUUUAACUUUUGUCUAGUCUGUCAACUUAGACACAGGGCCUUGUUGUAGCUAAGCAAGUGUUCUGCCUUCGAGCUAAGUCCCCGAGGUUUUACAUUUCACCUAUAGAAGCUGCUGUGGAGUUCUGUGGAAGCAGCAGCGGCGUGGAUGGCUCCUUUGGUGCCCACAGCCUGCCACAGUAAUAGGGUCCGUCUGGACCUUGUUGUUUUAGGAUUUGACCCUCACUGGGUUGGGGUAUUAACCACAUACAUUCUGUAAAAUUAGGCUAAAAGCUUAGUGUACAAAUGAGGCCCCAUCUUGCUUUGGUGAUGGGGGCCCCGUGUCCCCUCCAGGACUACUCUGUGAGUUUGAAGUACCUGGAAACCAAGAUAAAGAUGAGAAGGUAGUGUACUGGCCUACGAGGGAGCAGCCAGGGACAAGGGGCACUGCUUCACACGUGUGACAGCUAGUCUGGGCCGUCCUUUGGUAAAUCACUUAUACCUUUACCCAAGUUUUCUUAUGCUGAGGGACAAUGAUUUGUUACCUGACUGCAGUAUGUUUGAAAUCUCUUUCUAGAUUUUAAAAAUUGCUUUUCUUUUUUUUUUAAGUGCAUUGUUUUUUUUCUUAAGUAAAAUAUAAUACUUUCUUUAAAAAAAA